CAAUCGGAGGCCCUUAUAGGCCAGGACGCACGCGCCUCACAACAAACACCACGAACCAACCGGAUUCGGGGGUUCCAUUCCAAGGCAACCCCACGACACAAGAACGGCCUGCAGCAGCUGGCCUAUCAAAGAAAGCCGCCUCCCCCAGAUCGAACGAAUAGAUAGCUCUGGGAUCCCUGAAUGAUGGAUUCUGUUCUUUCUGCCGCCCGAGAAACUCGCCUCUUCAUCAGGAGAUUCCCGAACAACCGUAUCCUGUCGUAUCGGGCUCUACUGAUAGGCAACCCCAAAUCCUUAGCUUUCUUCUAGAUAGAUAAUUCCCAAACCCGAAAUCAUUCCUCCUCCCCCAAAAACGUUCCCCUAUAGGUAGCUAGUGAGCUAGCUAGUAAUCAGCAAGCUCACUUACCCAUUCGCUUAAUGCCUUCUCACCGGCUUAUAUUGGUGCCUUCACGCCGUCGCGCACGUCGGCCCGAGACCCCACCACCGGCUUAUUCUGAAUACGACGACAUGCACGAAGCCAGUCAGCUAGCUCUAGCUCUAGCUCUGGCUCCUUACGAGCAGCAGCACCAGCACCAGCAGUACCAAUAUAUCCCGGGCCCGCUUGAGCGCGAGCUAGAGUACCACGCACCGGAUUCACCACCGCAGCCCACUGCCACUGCCACUGCCACUGCCACCGCAACCGAGACCGCGACUGCAUCUGGUCCCCGCUGCCAAUCGACCUUCUGCUACAGGGCAGCAACAGGGACGACAAGCCACUUCUGCCGGAAGCACCAAUGCAGUGCCCCCAGCUGCGCCGGCCGCCGGGAAAAGGGGCGCGGGAGGCGGUACUGCACCGCGCACGAGUGUUUCCUGCGGGGGUGCUACAGCCCCCGAGUCGGCCUGUCGAACUACUGCAACCACCACACCUGCCAGACGGACGGGUGCCACGAGCCCAGCCCGGAGGAGUCGUACCGCUACUGCGCCGCGCACACGUGCCGCGCGCAGCGCUGCGCCGGCAGACGCGACGCCCCCUCGCGGUACUGCCCCAAGCACCGGUGCCGCGCGGGCAACUGCGCGCGCGCGUUCUCCAAGUCGAGCGAGUACUGCGCGGACCACCGGUGCGAGGUGGAGCGGUGCGGCGCGGCGCGGCGCAGCGGGAGCGGGAGCGGCUUGUGCGCGCGGCACGAGUGCGCGGUCGAAGACUGCCCCGGGCGACGGUUCGAGAAGAGCCCGUUCUGCGCGGCGCACAAGUGCGUGACGAAAGGGUGCGCGGCGGUCCCGAUCUCCGGCUUCCGGCACUGCGCGCGCCACAAGUGCCGCGAGCGCGAGUGCGAGCGCCCGUGCAUCAUCAUCGUCCCCCCCGACAGCGGCUACUGCCGGCGGCACAAGUGCCGGGAGCCGCGGUGCGCGCAGGCGCGGGCGGCGGGCGGGUCGACGUGGUGCGCGCGGCACGUGUGCCAGUGGGCCGGGUGCGCGGAGCCCGCGUUCCAGCGCGACGGGUACUGCGGCGACCACACGUGCUCGACAGGGGACUGCGCGGGGGGCGUGGUCCGCGGGGAGCAGGGCGUCGGGCUGCGGUGUCGGAGCCACACCUGCGCGCAGCAGGGGUGUCUGCAGGAGGUUUCGAGGGUCGCGUACUGCGCCCGACACGAGUGUCCGCGGCGCGGGUGUGCCAAGUCGCGGUUCUGGGGGGACGAGAGCGACGAGGGCGAGCACGAGUGCUGCAGGAACCACACGUGCGCCCGGGAGACUUGCUACGCGUCUACGAUGCGGAACAGGGUGUUCUGCGAGCGGCAUGUGUGCUCGUACGCGGCGGGCUGCAUGCUGCCUAGAGUUCUCGACCUGGAGUGCUGCGAGGGGCAUAGAUGCCGCGAGGAUUCGUGCCGGAACCCGUGUAUCCCGAGUAGUUCUUUCUGCAGCGACCACGUGUGUGCGUGGGAAGCGGGCUGUCUGCGCGGUCGUGGAGGUCCGGAACAGGAUUACUGCGAAUCGCACACGUGCACACAACAGGGCUGCCAACAGAAAUGCAAAGGGGCUCAGGGUCUUUGCUCCAUACAUGCGUGUCGGUGGAGUGCGUCGUGUGUGAACGAACCCAUACUCUCCGGUGAAUACUGCCACGAUCACUCAUGUAUCCACAAAGGGUGUAGCAGGGCGAGUUUGGUCGAGGGGAGUCUGUGCCGCCACCACGCUUGUUCGUGGAAUUCAUCCGUCUGCCUCAAGCCUCGCUGGAAGAGAAGUAGUUACUGCGAAGACCACACUUGCGGGGAGAUGGGCUGUGGCUUUUCGCGAGUCCCAGGAGGGUCGUACUGCUCCGACCAUUCCUGCCAGGCAUCUAAGUCCUGUACCGGGCAAGCAGAAAUCGGAAGUGACUAUUGCAUCGAGCAUAAAUGCGGUAGACCGAAUUGUAGGUUGAAGAGCGUAGGGGGUACGCGGUUUUGCAAGAAUCACAAGUCUCUAUAUCACCCGAUAGGGACUCAUGAAUUAACGAGUCUCCAGAGCUUAUGUACUAGCUUUGCGUUUUAA